AUGCUGGAUGUGGAAAAAGAUGGCAUCCAAGAUGUGCACCUGAAGGAGCCCAAUGCUCUUUUCACCGUAACUGUCCCCAAGGAACUGUACGUGGUAGACCAUGGCAGCAACGUGACCCUGGAGUGUGAUUUUGACACUGGAGGUCCUGUUCAACUUGAGGCAUUAACAGCCAGUUUGGAAAAGAAAGAGAAUGGCACAUCCAUAUCCAAUAAGAGAGUGACUUUGCUGGAGAAGCAGCUGUCCCUGGGGAAGGCCUUGUUUCACUUCCCCAGAGCCCACGUGAGCGAUGCAGGCCAGUACCGCUGCUUGAUCAUCUAUGGGAACGCCUGGGACUAUAAGUACCUGACUCUGAAAGUCAAAGCUUCCUACAAGAGAAUAAGUACAUAUGUCAGUAAGGUCCCAGGAACAGCUGAAGUGGAGCUUACCUGCCAGGCUGAAGGACACCCCCUAGCAGAAGUCACCUGGCCAAACGUCAGCAUUCCUGCCCACACCAGCCACAGCAAGACCCCGGAGAACCUUUACCAAAUCACCAGUGUUCUGCGCCUAAAACCACAGUCUGGCCAAAACUUCAGCUGCUUGUUCUGGAAUGAGAACCUAAAUGAACUUACAUCAGCCACCAUUGACCCUCAAGAUCAUAUGAAACCUGAGGACCCAACAACUCCUCUGUUUCCAAUUUUCAUCCCUACUUGCAUCAUUGUCUUAAUGUUCCUGACUGUGCUGGUACUCCUAAGAAAAAGGCUCUGUCGAAAACUCCUCUAG